AUGAGGUCACGAAAAAGUUGGGCGAUUCUCGCCCUAUUCUCGACGUUUUUCGCUGGCCCAAGCGCUGGACGACCCGCCGAUUGUCCGAACAAGUUGGUCCCAAGUCCCAAGCGACACCUGUCCCUCUUUUUAAAAUCCUCUUUGUUCUGGAAGGCUUUGUUUUCGGUGUAAUUGGUUAGGUGUUCGCUUUUUCCGGGUUAUUGAUUUUAUGAAGGGAAAUAGUAUUUUGUAUAUUUACGAAUUAUAUUUUGACGUCAAUUUUGAUUUCUUAAGUUUAAGACUCGAAUAUUGAAGUUCUGAAAUUAUUUUUUUAUAUUUAAAUUGGGGUAAUAUAUUUUCGGAUUUAAUCACUUGAAAAUUACAGGAAAAAAAUGGAUUGAAAGCUCCUUGAAAAAAAUAGAUUUUCAAAGUAAAAAGCAAUUUUAUAUUUUAUUUUCAAUCAAUCAUUUUAUGUUCGCAACAUCGGAAUGGUAUGGUGAUGUUGCAGGGAGGGAAAAAAAGACAUUUCGAAAAAUUGUUAUCGAAUUUUUUUCCCGAAUUUUCAAUUUCAAGGUUCUUUCAUAAUCUAAUGUAGUUAGAAAAAACAGUUAUAUGAAAUUAUUUAUAUAAAACCCCCCCCGCCCCAUUUUUUUUUCAACUGGCGAUUUCGCGUAUUCAUUUUAAACGAGAACACAUCGAUUUUGAGGUAGUUGGAGUUAAUUGAACAUCGAUUUUUCCAUCAUACUUCAGAUUUUUGCAUUAUGUCAAGAUAAACUCGAUUCAAAUGUGAUUUCCAGUUGCGACUGCGUUCCGGACCCGGUGAUCCCGACGGCGGAACUUCUCAUCUGCCACUACGCCCAGUCGCACCCGCCGACCUUGCCGCUCUCGACGGUCUACGCCUCGCACAAGAACCUCCGCUCCUUGUUCAUCACCUGCGACGACGACGUCGGCCUGCCUGAGUUUCUGCUCAAGGGCCUUGCUUCACUCCAUCAUUUGAAGAUCGAGGUCCGUCUUUUUUUUCUCUUAAUAUGUUGAAAGUAGGGAUCGUUUUCCUCUGUAUUAAAUGAUUUCUUGAAAUUUUUUUAGAAGGUCCUCUUGCUUUAUUAUAGACUGUGGAUUGAAAAAAUAAAGAGAAAAACGGGACGUGGACUGAAAAGCACGUUUUUCUCAGAUAUUCGCUUUUUUUUUUUAGAAUUUUUAGUUGAUUUUGAAAAGCGCUAGGAAGGUUAUUUGUUGUGAUUUUUACUUUAGAGUUUGGAAAACAACUUUUUAUAGCUUUUAAUAUAAUAUUCGAAGAGGGUAGGAACUUUGAGAGUUUUGAAGACUUUUAUUCUUCGCUAUAAACCUUUUUAAUAGGUGAGAAACGUUUAAAAACUAUUCACGAUUAGUCUGAAAGAGAAGAUUUUAAAAAAAUUGAAGAUAACUUUCCAAUUUAAUUUUUCAACCGAAAUCUGAAUAUGAUCCGAUUCCAAUCCAAUAUGUGCGAAUCGAAGGGAUUUGCAUGGAGACACAUCUGUGCGCGCGCGCGACAGAGUGUGUUGGAUAUUGGGAUUAUAACCGACGGACCACCACUUGUCUUCUUCUCCGUGUGUUAAGCCUCCGGGUGGUCCUCGUCCACGGAUAUGUAUAACCUAUUCAAUUAAUUCGCCUUCGCAUGAUGAGCUUUAUUGUUUCCUUCUUGUUUUGGUGGAGAGGAUUUUCGAUGAAGUAUUCCAUGCUGCGAAUCGGAAAUUGUUGAUUUUGAGUGUGGCAGACACUAUCAAGGCGUUCGCUAUAUAAUACUUUAUUAAAUAGAGUAAGGUUAUAUCUAUACCGACUAUUUGACACUUUCUGCAUACAUAGACGUUUCUUUUAGUGAAUUUCUUCGUUUUGAAAUAUUUUGGCUUGGAUUUAUAAUGGUCAAACCUUUUGACAGAAGAAAAAUUAAAUUUUUGUAGAGAGUUAAGCCAUGUCUUGGUUUUUUAUUGGAGAUUUUGGGGAUAGUUUGCAAUACUUAAUUUCGAUUUUCACGCACCGAACCGUAACAGAUCCCUGAAUAAUGUACAGACCAUUUACAGAUAUUUUACAGUACGUACUUUCCAAAAACAUGUAUACAUACACGUCCCAUGUCGACACGUUAGCCUUGUAAUGAAUGAUGGGUCAUUGGAAACGAGGAGAAGAACAGUUGCGCAACGGGCGAUAAAAAACCCGCCUGGCUCCGUGUAUCAGACCGGUGGUGGUCAACAAGGAAAAAGGUCCCGAAAAAGGGAAGAGGAGCGGUGCAAAUCCGGCCUCCGAGUCCACAUAUAAUGAGAAGGAGGACGGUUAAGACGAUUAGCCGCCGUCUUCUGCUUCCUUUUAUUCGCAUUGUUGAGUUUUUUGGAUAUUAGAGGAGUGCCGAAGAGGUUUCUUAUGAGCUCUUAGGGUUAUAGAGUCUUUGGAAGGGGUCAUUGAGGUUUUUUUCGAUUAAGAAAGAUAUUUGAAUGUGAAGUCCGAAGGCUCUUAAGUUUUUUCCAGACUUCUAUUCUGUGUAACGGUCCUCGGAGAUCUUCCAGAGCACUUAGAAGUUAAAAUAAAAUUUUCUAUGGUUUUUUGAGCACUUUCAAAUUUGAAAGAAAAACUUAUGAGAAUAGACAAAUUCCAGAUUAUAUUGAUACUUUUUUUGGACUUUCUAGCGUCUUCCAAAGGUUUAGGAGAGGUUUGAGAGAUAUUGGAAUCAAUUUCUGGGUUUUUAAAGCAGUCACAGGUACCUUGAUAUCAUUUUGGCUCUAGGAGGACUUUUCAGAACUUUGAAAAAUAAUUUUUCAAAGCCCUCCUAAAUUCAAAAGCGGUCCUGAGUUUUAGAAGAACUUUUUAAAAAUCUCAAAAACCGACCGAAGUCUCUCAAUGGCGCCAAAUCCUUCUUCAUUCUUUGCCCACCUCUUUCCGCAUCAUUAAAGCAUGACAACGACGUGGAAAACACCUUGCAAGAUGGGUAUCUUUGCGAGGAAAAGUGGACGUGGACGAGAGUACAAAAUGUGUUGCGCAAUCUUGGUGGUGAGCGCGAAGAAAUUAGCCUGUCUGUGUGUCAUUUUUUACGGUUUCUUCUAUUGUACUAUCAACGGGGUCGUUUGGCGACAAGCCGUUUUUACUGCGUCGUUCACACGUCGUUUUUUGCAUUCAUAACAAACCAAUUUGUACGACAAUUGAUCAGGAGGCAUGACUCAGAGAUCUUGAUUCACAAGUGAUGACUGAUAAGUUUGAGGAAUGUCCUGUGAUUAUCAAAACAGUUAGUGAUUGGGCUAUUUGAGUAUUAUAUAAAAAUAAUUUCGGAAGUAAUAGAUACUCUGCGAUGAAAAACUUAAGGCUAAUAAGUAAUUUGACGUGAGCCGAAAUUAGCCCCUCAUUUAUGGCGUUUCAAGUUGUUUCUUUAAUUCAUCGAUAAAUUCAUGCGCGGGGACAAUUUAUGGUUUCCAUAUUGAAAAAGUCUUUUUUCAGUUAGAAGAUUAUCAAAUAAUUUAUCAUGGCGUCAUAAAAAGGUAUGGUGCAUAGGGAAAUCAGUAGAUAUUCUGAGAAAAAAAUAAUGAAGAACUUUUAAUUAAAGGCAUAUCACGUAACUGGUUGCAUUAUAUGAGAAAUAAUUAAAGAGUAGACAAUCUGGAGGUGUUCGGCGAGAACCGUAAACCGUCUGGCACACGGUUUUUAUGGCACCAAACGGUCAAGGCAGGUACCGGACCUGGGAUUCGUGGAUGAAUGGGUCCAUAAAUCAAGAAAUUGCGUUGUUUCUCAAAAAUUUGUUUAUUGCUAUCCAAAGUUUGGUAAAAAGGCAGUAAAUACUGCCAGAUGUUCUCUGCGUUUUGGCUUUUUUGGCGGAAAGGUUGAGGAAUCGAUAGUUUUUUUUUUCGCGAGAUCUCUUACUUUUGAUUCAUCUGGGCUUGUCCGUUUUUUUAUGGGAAGGAAGAAGGUUAAGAUAAGAAUGAUUGUGUGAGUUUGCUGGCUUCUGUAGGUUCACAUCGAGUGAAGGAAUUUUUCUUACACGUAAAGUUUCCUGGUGUGCGUUCUUCUUCAAAACCAUUUUUUAGCUCUGAAUAGGACUUCAGCGCGAGAGCCAUUCCAAAUGCGACCAGAAGAUCUCCAUUCUCAUUCUUUCUAUCCAGAAGGACUAUCCAAUUUGUAUCAUUAUAACUGAAUAACCAGCACUUGACCAACUGUUGUCUCCUCCACUUUUCCCAUCAAAAAAGAAAAAAAAAGUCAAGUAGUUGACAGCUCGGCUAAUCGCUUAAUUGGAGCUGGAGCCACUUGGAACGGAAAAAAGGAUCGGAGCUAUUAUUUCGCUCAUUUUCCCAUGUCAUGGGGCUGGACAAGAAAGAAGGAGAUUAGCUGUUUUUGAUUUGUAUUUGCGCAAAUUGCGUUGAGAUCUCUCAUAUUACUUCCUUCCGUGGGGCGCCUGUCGACACGGCUUAACCUCCUAAUAAGAAGGAUUUUUUUGUUGGCAGCAGCCGGCUCGGAUGGUUUUAUAUAAACCUUUUUAACGGGUUUGGGAGUCGAGAAAGAACGAAUUAUCGAUAAAAUGACGUUUUUUUCUUGCCUUAAAAGUCUUCCGUGUCAAGUUUGAAUGAUAAGGGAGAGAAAAGAUCUUUUGCAAUCUUAUUUUUUUCCAACUUGGCUGAUCUUAAAGCUUCACACAUCUAGCGGAAUUUUUUUUUCUUCAUCCGGUUAUUCUCAAUUUUCAGAAAUGCCCACUGUCGCACUUUGCCGCCAAGUUUUUCGAAGACCUGCCCAACGUUCGAUGGAUCGAAAUGGAUAAUGUAAGGAAAUUGGAAACUACUAAAAAAAAAGAACUCUCAUAACUCAAGUUUUUCGCUCCAUAGAAAGUUUGAAAAACAGUUUUUUCUCCAUGUAACUCUCUAAUUUUUGUCAAGCUUAUCAAUGAAGCUCAUCUUCUCGUCUCACUUUUCUUUUCUUCACAGCUUUAUUUGAAUUUAUGUUCUCACAGAUGUCUCCAUCCGGAAAACUCCUGGAAUUAACGGAAGAUGUCCUUUUGCCCUUGGCUCGACUGGAAAAAUUCGCCCUCACUGGAAAUAAAGGCCUGAUUUUGCCGCCGAGGAUGCUCUGCACCUUGUCACAUCUUCAGGUAUGUUAAAACACGAUAAAUUUCAAGAAAGGAGUUCUAACGUUUUACUAAGAGAGGGUGCUCUUUUCCUGCAAAAGAUUGACAAAGCUGUGGUUGAUAAAGGCUGGAAAUGUAGAGGUACUCGAAAAAUCGGUGAUUUAUCAAUACAGCGCGUUUGUAAAUGGGAAAACGACUUCAAGGAAUCAAAUGCAUUUUUGACUGUAUUUCUUCUCGGAUCAAAAUUUUCAGCUGAAAAAAAAAGCUUCAAAAUGCAUACGCACUCGAAAAAUAACCGAUUUGUCAAGAGAACGCGUUUUUCAAUCGAAAAAUUGCUUUCGAAAGCGAUUUAUCACCAGAGCGCGCUUUUACAUUAACAGCCGUCUGAAUUCAUUGAUGUAAAAAAAAUCUGAUUUAUCAAUGCUUCAAGCUUAUGAUGAAAACCUUGACGCUUCUUUAAAAUUUGGAAAUUGAUAGUUUUUCGUUGAUUAGCGUUAAUUAUUCAGUAGGUCAAGACAACCGAAAUUUGUUGAAAUUUUUUCUACUUAAAAAAUAUAAAAAGCCUUUUUUUCGAUUGAGCUCUCUUGAAAGACAGAAAAAUAGCUUCCAAACCUUCAAAAAGCCAUCCAAAUAUACAUUAAAGCGGCGUUUCCUAUUCCACUUGAAUAUCGGUGGAUGUUGUUGACGACUUGUCAUUGGCGGCUUUUAUGUCGUCGUGAGGAACGCCUGAAGGACCUCGUCACUCCAUAUAUAGGCCCCCGAUUCUCGAGGCUCGGCCAGAUGGCUGUCAUAAGCCCUUCGAUCGCUGGCCAACAACACCGGUCAAUGAGGAACCAUGCAUUUUGACGAACUGCCGAUUAUUAUGUACCGAGAUUCGAGGUUCAGAGAGGGGUUAAAUGGGCUACUUAAAGUGUGAAGGGGAUACUUUCGGGCCAUCUCGCGAUUUCUAGGAUGAAUUUUUUAGAAAUCGAACGAAAUUUCAAGCCUGUAGUUUAUCCACCUAGCUUGAGACAUCCUCUAGAGAAACAGUGUGCGAAAAGGGGAGGUUAAGGCGUCUAAAGAGUGGUUUUUAUCAAAAGAUAGUGCCUAAUUUUAAUCCUUUUCCAAUGUCAAUAGGAUUAUUUUGAUUGACUUUUCAAAUUGAAAAGGUUUAGACACAUUCUACAGCCGAAAAAUUUAUCAGACUGGAAAAUAUGGACUGUUGAUGUUGAUGAAUAGGAAACACAGUUCUAUGGGUAGAAGGUUUUCGAUUCAAAGGUGAAUCGAGAAGUCGAUACAAAUAGCUACCGGGUAGCAACUUUUGAAAAAUUCAAUCGGCGUAUGGUAAUCGGUGGUCGUUUGUAUGCGACCGGGUACUAUAUCUAUGGUACCUGGGUCGGAGGUCGAUGCAAGUAGCUACCGGGUAGCUACCUGACAUUCGCGAUUUCUUUCGGAAAGUCUGGAAUUGCUUCCCGGAUCGUUAUUUUUUGUUUUAGCUUUAUCCAAUAAGACCCUGGAAGUCUUGGGAAGGUGUAAAAAAAAAUACUGGCGCUGAAUAAACGACCGAUGUGCCAGCCAGUGGCAAUCGCGAAUUUCAGGUACAUACCCGGUAGCAUACAAAUGACCACCGAUUACGAUUCGCCGAUUCACUUGAGUUGCUACCCGGUACCUACUUGUAUCUACCUCUCGAUUCACCAGUGUUAUUCAAAAGUUGAACUUCUUUUUUUGUUGUUCAUAUUUUUAUAAACUUGGUUUAUUUAUUUUUGUUGGUAUAAUCUUGUUUCUCGAGUUUCCGAAAAAACACCUAAAAAAAUUAUUUUUCUGAAAUUUUUUUGAAGGUUCCGAUUUUUUUUCGAAAUCUAGAAGCUUUCAUAGAAGAGAAUCUCGAAAAAUCAACCCUUUUUUUUCAUUGUUUUUGAAAAUCAUUUCAAAACCAUGGAAUCUUGCGAAGCGUUCCGUUUCGAAAUUCCAGCGACAAACAGAAGAAUCAAUCAAAAUUGGACAUUUUCGGCGCCUCACAUUCAUCAUUCGAUGAAUCGCUUCGAAACGUGUGUAACCGAUCAACAACCUCGAUUAUUAUUCAUAAUUGUCAAGGCAGAAGCUUUUGGCCUGGCCUGGGCCUCCAGGCGGCACGUGAAGAAUCAAAAGAGGAUAAAAUGUUGUGCGCUCCACGGCUAAUUACGAACGAUUGAAAAAGGACACGCGGAAGGCUUUCUGCAUGACUGAAAAACAAUGGAAUACUUGAAUUUCAGAGGUUGAUUAGGUAGUUAGUAGGUUUUGGAAGGGAUUGUGGAAAUUCCUAAAAGAAUUUUCGAAGUUUUUUAGGUUUUUCUUUGAAAAAUAAGAGAUUCAAGAAGUUAUCUCUUUGCGGUCCAAGUUGAAUUUCCAAAGACAUUCAAGUUGUUUUGGGUCAGUGGCCCUUCCUGUGACAAAAAUUUUUUUUCCUUGAAAUUUUUGGAACCAACUAUAUUUUAAGAUGAGUUUGUAUAUGAAGAAAAGGAUUUUCUGUUGUUUUUUUAUUCAAUUUUUUUGUUAGGAUUUUUGAUUGUUACUAGCCAAACCAAAUCUACUUUUUGGAAAAUUUUCGCUUGUCUAAGUGUAAAAAUCAGACUCUACUGUAGCAAUGAUCAAAUUUUACGCUUUCUUAACAUUUCAAACUGUAGCCAAAGCCAAAAUUCGCUACAAUUUUACGCAAAUUUGUCGGAAUUUCGGAGCGCGCGAAUGGUCCGAUUGUGUGACUGGAAAAGUUCAACAAAUUGGCCAUUUUGAAGCGAUUGAAUUGGACACACGGAAUCAAAAUGACAAAGAGGUUACCUUGACGCCUUUUUCGGGUUGCGAUUCGAUGAUCAAACGAUGUGUUGACGCAUGACGCAUCCUACGCGCUCAAUCUGGCUAAUUAGACCUGGAAAUCGUGGACGUUUCACUGAUUUUUGGGGGUUUCAAGCCGGUGAAAUGAAGGAAAUCAAUUUCUAUGCGAAGCUCUUUUUGACUACUUGGAGGAAAAGCUGAAGUUUUUGAAAAGUACAUAAAAAAAAAGAAAUUAAAAAUGAUAUUUAAAGAGCGAAGACCUGAAAAACUGCAUUUUGCAGAAAUUUCAUUCCUUCAAAAGGUUCUUUCUCAAGCUUUUUUUAUUUAUUUUUCCAUUCAGUUUGAGCCACUAUCAUGAAUUUUCGAGCGAAUUGUUCUGCACAUCCUAAUCAAAAUGAUCCGCUUAAUCUUCCUUCAGUUCCUACCGCGGUGGAUACUUUCCCAGAGGCUCACCGAAGCCAACCAAAAUCGCUAAUGAUCAAAUGGUAGUGGAAGAUGAGAUGCGCGAGAUUAUCUUGUUUUUGGUGGUCCUUUUCGGUCGGCCGUCUCCCCGACAUGAAAGGACGCCAACCGCAAGUCGUCAAAAUGCUCGUUAUACAACUGCGGGAACAUGUUGCGACAACAAAGGAAUAGAGAGAAAAAAUCAAAUUCGAAAAAAAUUGGAGCGGACUUUUUUCAGCUGCAAAAUUGAUGAAUAGCUAUUGGAAGCGGGAAAAAACUGAUUAUUUCAGCUCCAUUUUCAACUUUUUGAGCAGAGAAAAAGUUUGAUUUUUUAAGAAACAAAUAUAUGAGAGUGAAGAAUUCAAAGUGUAGCGUCAUUUUUCGAGUUUUGAGCAUUUCAAGAAAUGAAAUUAGGAUGAACAACUUUGGAAGAUGUUGAGGAGAAUCUUCUGAGCAUUUUUAGCAGUCUUGAUUAUCAAUUUUGCAUUGAAUGUAAGGGGAUGUGUAACUAUUUUUUUGAGAAAAUUUCUGCUCGAAAAGAGAAUUUAGUUAAAUUUGUCAUACAUCUUGUCUUUGUCUUUUGAAGUUCAAAUGUACAUUUUCAGGUGCUCAACGUAUCUUCAAAUGAACUGACAUCACUUCCAAGAGAUCCGAACUGCAUCGCCCAGCAACUAAUAAUCAUUGACGCUUCUUUUAACAAGCUGGAGGCUGUCGAGUGAGUUUUUUUUCUUUUUGAAAAAAAAAAUGAGCAAAAGGCUGUAUAUACAUAAAAAAAUAACUUCUUUUUUGAUUUUUCUUUUUAUCGUGAUUUAUCCUGAAUUCGAAAACACUCAGAAAAAGCUUUAUUCUCUUUUAAUAAAAAAUAAAAUUUCUCAGUGAUUUCAUCGCUGGAGCCCCAGCCGUUCGUCAGUUGUCAUUGGCGCACAAUUCCAUCGAAUUUCUGGCCCUCGGCGAUUCGACUCCGUUCAUGCAACAACUCGACGUUGAAGCCAAUAAGAUUUUAGGAGUUGUUAAUAAGCUGCCAGGUAAUUUAUUAGAAGAAUACCUGAAAACCGAAAAUUCAACUCCAGAAACACUGGUCCACGUGAACUUGGCCAGGAACAAGUUGGCGGAUAUUCCCGAGGCGGUUUAUGAACUCGCGCAUCUGAUCUCUUUGAAUGUUUCGGGGAACACCAUCAGUGGACAAAAUGCGUCGGCUUUUGGUCAGUUUCAAGCGAAAAUGGUGAUAAUAGUGUUGAAUUUUGUUCCAUCAAGACUUUGAUCUGUGUUGAGAGGACGCAAUACCAUUUUAUAUCAGAAAAAUAAAAGACAGUGAGUUUUCAGCUUGAUUAUAAUCCCUAAGAAUGUAGAAGUUUUUGUUGAAUCUUCCAAUGCGUGUGGAAGGCCAUCAAGAUUCCAGCUCAGACCUUACCAAAUUUUUUUUUGAGUUUCGUUAAAUUUAUUCACUCCUUUCGAAGUUUUUGAGAGUUAGUUAGUCUGAUUAGGCACUUUUGCGAAAUUUCCAAGCUUUCCAAAACUUUUCAAAACUUCCUCAGCUUUUUUGAAGUCUCUAAAAGGAAUUUUCUUCAGAAACCCCAGAACUAGAGUCUCUGGACGCUUCUCACAAUCAGCUGGCGUCACUGCCUACUGAAUGGCUGAAAAAUACGGAAGCGUCGAUUGUUCAUCUCCGACUUCAUGACAACAACAUCGAGGCGAUCCCGCCAAGGUCCUUCGCCAACGCGACCAGCUUACAAACGGUAUAUAUUUAUUUUUGAAAGAAUAGAAAAAUAAGAGAAUUAUUUUUUAAAACGUGUGAGUAGGUUAAACUUUUUGAGAAUGUAUUCAAACUUGAAUUUAUUCUUUUUUUGAUUUUUGGUAACUUGAAGAUUUUCUGUACUCACAGAAAGUAUAGUUCUGAAAAUGAUUGAAGCCAAUGUGCUUCGAAAUAAGGUUGAUUUUCGGGAUUGUUAAUAGGUUUAUGGAUUUUUCAAGGCUCCAGGGUUUUUUUAAGAUCGUUUAGCGGGAAAGACCUCAGUUAGAUGUUUUUUUAAUUUAUCAAAGAGAGAUGAAUUUUGUUGUGACGCAGUAUAUUGACAAUGAACUUAAGGUGAAAGGCUAUAAUUUGAAUUCAGACUAUUCUUAGGUUCUUAUUGGGCUUUUCAAGAUCCCUGAGGUUUCUAAGAAAAGCGUAGAUCAAAGCCUCAAUUCUCCCUAUUUCCCCCAAUUUUCACGAAGAUUUCUUGGAAUCCGAAUCGAUAUGACUAAUGAGCUUCUUUUCAUGGUCCAUUAUGAAAUUGACAUUUAUAAUACCUCGCUGCAGAGGUAAUUGGGAGGCAGGUGAAUCUGGCCGUUUUCACAGGUGGUUUGACCGCGAGGCUCCCCCCUACCAACACUAUUAUAAAUGGGGGUGGCUCUUUCCUUUUCAUGAUUUCCGUCGUCGUAUGUUGCCAGCCAACCACUUAAUGAUAUGGUUGGCUGGCAGGGACUGUUUUGGCUUUCUGGGGCAUUGAAAAAUGAUUUAUAGUAAUAUGAGAAGAGAAUUAUUGGCAUUAUUUAGUGAUUUUCAAGGGAAAUUUAGCCUUUUUCGAAAAAAAGCUUAUCCAACAUAUUUUUAUUUUUAUAAUUUCUUGAAUUUAUAAAUUUUUUGUUUUUUGAAAUGUGUGGUUUUCAGUAGAAGAAGGCGAUUCGGGGUUUAUCGAUCUUGAAAUAGAAUUUUUAAAAGAAUGUAGUUAGUUUCUGAACUUUAAUGUGAUUCAUUUUAAUUCGACGACUUUCAUUUUUUCAAACUCGAAAAUUUUCAUUUUUGGAUCUUACACCUCUAUCAAACAGUUUGAGGGAUUGAAUUUAAAAUUUCCGAAAGAUGCUAUGAGUACUAGAAAAACUGUGCAUUCAAGUCGAUUCACGCCUUUUUUGGUUAAUUACCAGCUUCACGAUCCAUUUCCUACGCCAAUCCAUCCAUUGAGGUAAAUGAUACGUACACAAAUAGUUAUAUUAUUAUUGUUAAUGACAUGUUUGGCCGGGAGGUUGAGGAUGAUCCUCCUCUUCAUCAUUGUCUCAGGUCACAAAAAAGACAGAGAGACUGACAACACCUUGCCUUCUUGAGGACGAGAUGGUAAUUUCGGCUGGGCCGAGGCGGGCAGGUGUUGACUCUUCUUGACGCCUUCUUUGUCCGAUGUGUCAAUGGCAACAUUUUUUGUGGACGUUUUUUGGGGGUCUUCUGGAAGUCGGUUUGGACAUUUUUGAAGGUUUUUAGAAGAAGCUGAGCGGAUUCCCGCAAUUUCGAAGUUUUAAAAUCAUUCAAGGCUUCCGUAAACAUUCCUGGACCGAUCAUUUUACAGUUUUGAAAUAAAUUGAGCCUCUAAGAGAAACUGGACUGACAUUAGGACUUUCAAAGCUUUUCAAAAUAUGUCUUCUUGACGCUUUUUUAUAAGUUUCAAUGCUUCAGGAAAGUUCAGACGUUAAGUUGUAUAGAAUCUGUUUGAAAGUUUUUCAGACUUUUUGACGCUAUUUUAUAAUAAUUUAUCGAAUAGAGAGCGAAUUUGAAAAAAAGUUUUCAGUACAAAUAGUCUUCUUUCAUCAGUUCUUAGACCUUGACGCCUUUUAUCUACACGACUCGAUCAGUCCGAUGUCAAGAGCAUAAUGAAAGGUUGAUGUUUGUCCGAAAGAAUUGCAUAAUGAGAUGGUCAAAAGAAGGGGACAAUGGUAUAGUGAAGCAGGCGGCGGCCUUUUUUCUGGUCGGGCACCUUGAAAUGUGUUAGCCGACACACAUCAUUACGCAAUCUGUGUAUGGAGAUGACUGGCGACUCGAAGAGAUUAUGAGGAAGGAAAUGAGAGGAGAAGGUACGGUUGUAUGGUCGGGAAUACCAGAAGUUUUCGGAAAAGUGGAUUAAGUAACCGGAACCUACCGAAUAAUGGUCUAGAGGACUUUUUUUCUGUGAAGAUAUAGCUCAACAGAAUCAAAUUUUCACUUUUUUUUUUGAUUUUGUGCUCGAAAAUCGUCGAGGCUUUUGUCAAUGAAAAAGUGAAAACCAUAAAAAAAUUUAGAUUGGAUAUACUUAUUUUUUUUAUAGAUGGCUCUAAGUCUGUGAAGAUCGAAGUUUGAUAAAAGCUGAUUUGUAGCAAAAACAAGCCUAAAUUUGACUUUUUUUUAACUUCGCGACAUUAACUUCUUCCACCGACUUCUGUAGAAAUUUUAACGCAAUUUUCAAAUCAGCGUUCAAUUCUGGAUCUAGUAGAUCUGUCAUUAUUUCUAUUUAUAUUUUGAACUUCUACUGUAAGCUGAGAGCAGAUACUCGACAGCUCAAAUUUCUCGCUGAUUUCGUUUUUAGGAAACUAUUCCUUCUAAUGACGUGAAAAAGUUUUUCAUAAUACAAUUUUUAAAAAACCAAUUAGUUCCGGCCCAUCGGACUGUCCAAAAGAAGAACAAUAUGAUGAUAAUUAAUCUUGUGUCGACAACGACGUCGCUCCACGGCCAACGGCUCAAAUUUCUCAAUCAGUGUGACCCUGACAUGUGUAAGUACAUGCAGGCAAAUGUGUGGAGUGGAGGUUAAGAGUCGGGAGAGCUCAAGUGGCCACUCGAGGGACACAUGGCGCGUGCGCCAGGUGAAAGGUUAGGUAUGAUUUUUUCGAUUAAAUUAGGGACCUUUUGGUGGAUAAGUGCUUUGAGAGAAGAUUUGGUGGUUUCGAGGUUCCGGUAAGUAGUUUUCCUUGAGAAAAAAAAAACAAAACAAAAAAACAAAGUCUCGAAAGGUUUUAGAGAUAGUCUGAGGAGCUUGAGAUUAAAAGAUUACUGUAGUUCAUUUUUUAUUUAAUACGGUAUAUAUUUAUGCAGUUUCCGAACGGUUGAAUUGGAAAAGUGAAGAAAAAAUGACUUCAAGCUUGAUGAAAAUAAUAUCUCCCGGUUAGAUUACGGUAUUCGUUUUCUCUGAGGUUUUGGGGUUACUGAACCAUUUUAUGAUUUUUUUGAGAUUCCGUCAAAUUUUAGUAAUUUUUGAUUCGCAUAAUAUUUAUUUCUUCAAGAUUACGGUAGUCAUUUUUCUCGGACGUGCUGAUUUCAAUUUUUAGAUUUUGGUACUUAUUUCUAUCUUGAAACCAAUAUUAUUUGCCUCUCAUGUGCAAAUGGUCAAGAGGUUGGUCCACGAGGCAAAGUAACCCACCAAGGAUAAGUAGUCGUGCAAAUAUCCUCCCAACAAGGAUUGUUCUCACUGCCAAACCUUGUCAUCAAGUAUGUUGACAAGUUCUUCAAUAAAUCCUUCUGUCCGUACUUUAUGAAGGUAUAUGUGGUUCAUGAAAGUCGGUCGAACGGUCGCAAGAAACGGAAAAAAAUUCGAAAAUGUCUUCCAAAUGAUUGAAAACGUCAUUAUUUGUCGAAGGCGUUCAUGAAUUGAAAAAUAAAACCCCCAAUUCCAAGAUGCUAAUAAAAUCAUACUUUCUCAAUAGAGAACUUUUGAGCUUCGAAAAAAGCAUUAUUAUACGAAUUACGCCGGUUUUUGUUAGGGUUAGUUGUAAAAUUUGAAAGAAAAAAAUUUGGAAUGCGUAGUUGCUAGGAACUUGGGAGUAGAGCAGACUUGGAAAUCAAGUAUAGCGCCCGGAAAAUGAAUCGCUUUUUGUCAUAGGAAUAUGAGCCACUUUUGGCUGAUGCCACAUAUUUCAAGUGUAUCUAUCGUCUUAAAAACGGACUCUUUUCGGUUCCAAUCUGCUGAAUGAUAAUAUUUCAAGGGUAUAAUCGAGUGGGAGAAGCAGAGAAAAAACAAUUAUUUAAUUAGAUUAUUUUUUUAGCUCGACGUCUCUUCCAACCGAAUCCACGUGUUGCAAGACGAAAGUUUGUCCGGAGCCAGCCGUCUGAACUCGUUGGCCUUGAAGAACAACUCCUUGGAAGUCGUUGAACCAAUGGCUCUCGCUGAGCUUCAACUUGGUUUAUUUUCAUCUCCCCUCGAAGAAUAACCGAACAUUUUGCUUCAGAAUCACUCGAUUUGUCACGAAACUCGUUCACCGAGGUUCCAGCGGCCGUCGGGCGAUUGGCUAAAGUGAAACGAGUCGAUUUGAGUAGAAAUAAGAUUAGGUUCGGAAUAUCAAGACUGGAAAUAUUGAAAAUCGGAAAUUUUCAGCAAAUUGUACCAGUUUGUUCUCAACAAGCUCAACAAUCUUCAUUCGAUCGAUUUGUCGCACAAUGAACUGCAGAGUGUUAGUUUUUUGUUGAGAAGCUUAGAAGCAAUAAAAAGGGGCGCCCGACUCUUUUCGGGUUUUUCUUCGACCGAGGGACAGAAAUAGGGGCAGAGAGUUGUAGAGAAAAAUACUGUUCUCAAGUCGGGAAAUUGCGCCCGACUUCCAUUGAGUUUUCCAGAAGCUGGAGACAAGAGAUGACAAUGAAAUGAAUAAGUCUCCUAUCUGAUAGGCUCUUGCGGAAUUCACGAACUGUCGGGUGCAAAAAAGCUCCUAACUUGAAAAAAACUUUAGUGGCCACUUAAGAGGUUCCUCUAGGACUACUUGCAGAGGGCGGUAACUUGGCUACUAAUACUUAAUCUAUAGAAGCCACUAUCUUGCUUUGUAGUGGCCACUAUAGUAGUUUUCAAUAGCCAUUUAGUUUUUCAGUUUGGACAGAGUAUACUUCAAAGCGAAAAUAAUUGAAUUAAAAAAAAAAACGUCAAUUUUUAUCGAUUUUUGUUUCAGAUUGGCCCAUUCGUCUUUUCCGACAGCGCUGAAUUGACUUCUCUGGACCUUGCCAAUAACCAUAUUUCUCUACUUUUCAAAGACGCCUUCGCCAAGUGUCCCAAGCUGCGGAAACUCAGCUUGAAAUACAAUCGAUUAAGUUAGAAAAACUCCAGAAAACCCGAUCAAAAAAACUCAAAAUUUGCAGAAUCCCUCGAUGAUGGUCUGGCCCAAGCCGCCGGAGUCAAAAGGCUAGAUCUAUCGAAUAAUGAACUGAGCGUGUUGCAAUGGAGCACACUUCCUCCAAAUGUCGAGCAUUUGAUCGCCGAUGAGAACAAUAUCGCUCUUCUCGGAGCUGUUUCGGGAUCCAAGUGAGUAGAACAAAUACAAUAAACAUUGAAAUUGAAAAUAGGUGCCUAGGUGCAGGUUUCGAAAACAUUGGAAUUUGAUUUUCCGAUUCAGGAGUUUUUUCAGCAUUUGAGAGUUUGAGACUGAUUGUUUAUUUAUAAUCAUUGCUUGGAGGCUAACGUUCACAAAAAGUUCUUCAGAUUGAAGACCGUUUCUUUGGUCGGCAACGUGAUCGCUCAACUCAGCGCGGAUCAACUUCCGAACUCGAUCGAGAGCCUCGAUUUGACUGCAAAUCAAAUUCGGCACAUUGCAAAGGGUACGUUGAUUUUGGGUUCUGUAGGUUACUAUAAAUCUACUUCUUUCGCCUGUUUCGGAUUUGAAUCUUUCCUAUUUCCAGUUGCAGUUUUGAUCAGCUAUUUCAAGUUACUAUAGUUUUUCAGAUUUUCACAGUUUUCCCAGAGUUUUUGUAGAACGAUAUAUAUUUUAUCUUGAUUCGAGCUUUUUUUCUGAAAGAAUACCAUCCUUUUUCCAGGGACCUUUGCCGCGAAAUCAUCGCUUCGUCGCGUCGCACUCGAAUCCAACAAGCUGACGGCGAUCGAAGCGACAUCGCUCCGCGUCAACGAGGCCGUCCAUCCGCUGAGAGUGACUCUGGCCAAGAACCCACUUCAGUGCUCUUGCGAGAUGACCUGGAUCGUCGGAGCCGCCGUCGGAAAUGUCCCUGAUGUACUUUUUAAAGAAUUUUUUAAAAGGAUUUAGAGCUUUUUUUCAAACCAUAAGCUUGCUCUAUCGAUAAAAUCGCAUGAUAGAAGCAUUUCAAGUCGUUUUUCCUAUUCAUCCGAGCAAUGAUUUUUUUAAAUGUCUAACUGUUUGAAAGUUGAUUGAUAACGAAUCUUUUUAUUUUCUUCUCAGAUUUUUGGUAAAAUAUUUGUUUUAGAAGCUCGUCCGUGUCGUCGUGGAAGAUCGUGCCAAUGCCACCUGCCGUCAUUCAGUAGAUGAUCGGGUUCUGAAACUCGACGAGCUCAGCAAGAACGACAUGCUCUGUCCCUACGCGCAAGUCUGCGAGCCGGAGUGCGUCUGCUGUCAGUACGGCAACUGCGACUGCAAGUCGAUCUGCCCGGCCGCCUGCCGCUGCUUCAGAGAUGCCACCUUCGCCAUAAACAUCGUCAGAUGUGACGCCAAUCACACUGAGACGGUUGGUAGAGCUUCGGAGGCGUAGUAGCGGCGAAAAAUAGGAUUGCAGACUUUUGUAAAGCUUUUCUCGGGAGUCAACACGAACUUAUUUACCGUAAUCUAUACUUUUUAGCAAACAUGAUUCAUUAUUGAAGAAUUUUUCACAGUUUCAUCCUAAUUUCAAACUUUUAUAUUAUGAGACAUAGAGCAACUUUGCUGCAAAGUACACUUUAAAUAGGGAUCUAAACUUUUUUUGUAUCUGAACUGGUUUUGUUUUUCAAGAGCGAAAACUUCAGUAGAAUUCAAUUAGAUCAUUUGUCACACAAUAUUAAAAAAUUUUUUUCUAUCAGAUACCCCAUUUCUACUGCGCUUUGAGGACUAUAAUGAAAUAGUUGAAAAUUUCAGCCACGUCGAGAAUUCGUCGUUUCCGAAGUUCCUGUUUACGCGACUGACAUUGUGCUGUCCGGGGUCGCCCUCCCACAACUUCGAACUCACGCAUUCAUCGGACGACUCCGGCUCCAGAACUUGAGAAUUAAUGGAACUGGCCUUAGAUCUAUCCAACCAAAAGCCUUCCACACCUUGCCGGCUCUUAAGGUAGGAGAGUUCACAGUGGAUUUGAAAAGAAACUGUUUCAGACACUGGACCUGUCCGAUAACGCUUUGUCAUCAUUAUCCGGUGAUGAAUUCAUGAAAACGACCGACGUCGUUCAGCUUUUCCUCAAUGGGAACAGGCUGAGCUCGCUGAGUCGGGGAAUAUUCGAGAAGAUGCCCAGCUUGCAGUUUGUGAGUUUCUUAGAUCAUCAUUGAGAAAGAUUACAUGCAAAUAUAUGGAAGAAAAAUUGGGAUGAUGAAAAAAAAAAAGAGGGCAAAAACUUAGAGAACAUAAUUUUACGGAAAAAAGAGAUCUCUUGCAUAAAUAAGAUUUCAAUAAAAACUUUGGAAACAUGUCAAGUUGUAGAGAUGAAGAGAGGACCCUUUUGCAGAUCACUCUCCACAACAACUCGUUCGAAGACGUGCCAGAAGUCCUAUCGCAGGUCGCCUCAUUGAGGUCGAUCUCCCUGGCCGGCAACCCACUCCGUUGCGACUGCUACACCAACGCGAACGCUGAAGAGGGCGUCGCCGGCGACAGCCAACCGUUUGCGCGAAUGGGCAGAAGGUCGCUGGAGACGUCGUCGUCGUCGCACAACGCCGCCGCCUGGAUGCACGCACAUCGAGCCCUGGUCCACGACGCGGCGCUCGUUGAGUGUGUCGAGAACGUGACGAGGGCCUUCCGCGACAACGACACGACCGUCCUGUCGGCCUAUCCGCCGAACAGGGACCACGACGUCUUCGUCAUGUCCAUGGAUGGUUGGUAGUACUUUUACGGAUGUCUGAAUCAUGAAGGGUCGCUUGAGAGUCAGCGUAUAGUUUUUUAGGCUUCCUGAAUCUUUGAAGUGCCUGUUGAGAGUGAAUUUAAAGUUUUAUAGGGCUCUUAAAAAGCUGACAUGAUUCUCGAAAAAAAAAUAAUAGUUAAGUGGUCGCUCGAGAGUGGAUCUGUCGUUUCUUCAGCUUUCUGUUUGAACAGACUCAUUGAGAAAUUUUGACGUUGUUAAUUGGAGCUCUGAUUCGCAGCAAAACACAAACGUUUUUCAACUUCUCAGCCAUUCUUCAUACGACGAGAGUUAUACGAGAAAGCUUGCAUUAAACAUUUUUCAGAAUUUCUUCGCGACUAUAACGUCUCCAUCUGCGUGCCGUUCUCUUCUGGCUUCUUCGGCCAGGACCCACAAAACAGCGUCCUAUUCAUCGUUUUCAUCUUGGCCUGCGCUUUUUUGGUCUGCGCCGUCGGACUCCUCGGAUUGUCCAUGGCGCGCAAAACACACAACGCAAUCAGCCAGAGAAGGUUUUCUGAUGGAUUUUUCGUGGAAAAAAACUGAUCUCUGAUGGUUUAGGUAUAAAACGAGCUCGUUGAACUGCUCGACGACGGCUGGAUCAUCACCACUUCCCCUGCCGCUGAUCAGCUAUCACGCCUUUGUCAGUUACUCGAAGAAGGACGAGAAGAUGGUCGUCGACGAGUUGUGCAGGUGAGGAUGGAAAAAAUUGCAGCAUGUGAUCUAAUCUUUCAUUGGGGGCUUUUUUCUUAAUAUUUUCAGCGCCACCGGGUCAAAUUGAUACGGUUGGUCGCACUAUAUAAAGCUUAAUGCGUCGGAGCGUGUUUUUAUUUAUCACUUUUCUUCUUCUUCUUCUUCAAAUUUUCUCAUUUCCAGACCUCUUGAAGACGAAGAUUACCAGCUUUGUUUGCUCCAUCGAGAUGGUCCAGCUUAUAACUCCAUGGUUUGAUUUUUUAAUUAAUUUUCUGAUCCAGGGCAUUUUUUUUAGGUGCACUCGAUUUCUGACGAGUUGAUCGCUCAAAUGGACUCUUCUCAAUGCUUGAUCAUCGUUCUGACAAGGAAUUUCCUGGAGAAUGAGUGGAGGACGUUGCAGAUCAAGGUAUGAGAUUAUUUUGGCAGCACUGAGAAUGCUUCGAUUGAUUGCGGCUGUGUAGCGGUCCCAUUACUAGGGAAUUUUAUAAAUUUGUAAUACAUCAUAGCUAUUGGUUCCAAUUUCGAACGAUUAUAGCUUUUUUCGCGAACCUAGAGGUCACCUUUUGACUUCAGAUUUGAAAUCAGCGAGAAAAGUCCCAUCUGAUAGUAGAUAGUUAGACAAGGCGACAGUUGAUCGGAAGCAAUGAAGACCUCCAAAAAGAGCAUUAAUAUCUCCAUUUGUUUCAGACCUCCCACCAACUUUUCGCCAAGAACCGAUCCAAACGGCUGAUCGCAGUCCUCGGCGAGGGCGUCGACGCGAAUCUGAUCGACGACGAACUCGGCCAGAUCCUCCGGAAAAACACGUGCAUCGGCAUGCGCGACCAUCUCUUCUGGACACUCCUCCAGUCGGCCUUGCCCGCAAGAAUCCCGCCGCCGCCCGGAUCUGAUACGUCACAAGUCUACUCGGAUGUCUAUGGAAUUGUACCCUCGGCUAUGGUGUGA